UUUCAAUUCACGACCAUGUUGCGCACGUCGCUCGGCCACCUCACGCUCGAUACGUGCAUCUACAACGCCAGUGGUCCGCGCACGGGGUCCACCGACGCGCUGGCCAAGAUUGCGUCGUCGGCUGCCGGCGCCGUCCUUGCCAAGAGCGCGACGGUCAACGAGCAGAGCGGCAACGACCUGCCGCGCACGUGGCAAGCCGACAAGGUCGCAAGCCUCAACUCGGAGGGUCUACCAAACAAGGGCAUUGGCUACUACCUCGCAUCUGACGCGAUUGCGUCGGCAAAGGGCAAGCCGUACCUCGUCUCGCUCUCGGGGCACAACCUGGCGGACAACCUCCGCAUGCUCUCGGAUGCCAUUGCCACCGACGGCGUCGACGGCAUUGAGCUCAACCUCGCGUGCCCGAACGUCAUUGGCCACCCGAUCAUCGCAUACGAUUUCGACCAGCUCCGCGAUGUGCUCACGGCCGUCCAAGCCCACCCCGGCCUCGCCGCGUCCAAGAAGCUCUUUGGCAUCAAGCUGCCGCCGUACUUUGACGGCCCUCACUUUGAGAAGGCGGCUACGAUCAUCAACACCUUUAGCUGCGUGCACUUUGUCGCAUCGAUCAACACUGUUGGGAACGCUCUCGUGAUCGACACCGAGGCCGAGAUGCCCGCGAUCCGCCCCAAGAAUGGCUUUGGCGGUCUCUCGGGCCCUGCGGUUAAGUACACGGCGCUCGCCAACGUUAAAAAGAUGCGCGAGCUUCUGCAUGCGCGAAUUGCGGUCGUCGGCGUCGGCGGCAUCGAGACCGGCGACGACGUCUUCAACAUGCUCUUGUGCGGCGCGCAGGCCGUCCAGAUCGGCACGUGCCACUGGAUCGAAGGCCCCAAGUGCUUUGACCGCAUUGCCUCGGAAUUGCAAGCCAUUUUGCGCCGGAAGGGCUACGCCAACGUCGAUGCGGUCCGCGGGCAGUUGAAAGAGUGGUCCAAGGACGGCGCUGCCAAGAGCCGCGCGGCCCGACAAACGACAACACCACCCGCCACCGUGUCGACAGCCACGGGGAUGGAUCCAUCGGCGCUGCUGUUCGUGAUUGCCGGUCUCAUUGCCGUCAUUGUGGGCCUCUUGAGCGAAAAAUAUGCGCUGAGCAAGGCGUAACCUCUGCAAUAAACGAGUGACAAUAUUGCAGUGUUGAUGAGUGCGAAUCAAC